GCGGCGGCGGCGGCGGCGGCGAGGGCGAGCGUGGAUGCGCGGUAAACGGAGCGCAGCGGACGGGCAGGGAAAACAAUCUCCACAGGACACUCAGACCGAACCUGCCGGAGGUUAUGGAACUGAAGGAGCCGGAUGGGAAUGAGUGGAAGUACCACGGAGAGGGCAAUAGAAGUUUGGUCGUUUCCCACGUCCAGCACUGCCAAGUAUUGCGGUUCCUUAAGUUUCCCAUUGAACUACCACAGCCAAGCAAGGCCUUGGAAGAAGUUCCUCACCGGCUAAACAACGUAGUAGAAUUUAGUAAACAUGUGAUGAAGCCAUUAUUGGGAGAAAACUUUGUACAACCUGGGGUGGCUAAUGGAAAGUGGAAGAAGAUGAGCAAAUAUUGUCCUCUUGACCUUUUUUCAGGGAAUAAACAGCGAAUGUGCAUAGCCUUGAAAAGUUUGUUGCAGGAGCCUCAGAACAAUUUAAAGAUUUUUAAGAACGGAGAGUUGAUAUUUGGCUGUAAAGAUGACCAAGAUUGCUUGAUGGAUCUGAAUGAACUUGCCAAUCAUUUGAAAGCAUACUUCUUCCCCACUAAUGGUGUGGUUAAUGGCCCACAGUGUAUCCGAACUGUUAUCACUGAACUCAUUCAAGUAAUAACAAUGGCUUUGUUGAGUACUCCUGCAGACUCCUGUAGGACAGGCGAUAUGAAGAGAACACGUAUUUCAGAGGAAAUGAGCCAAUGUGAAGCGAGUCAGUUUCGCAGGGACGUUUUAAGGAAUAAUAUUCACUCAGUGGAGAAUUCGGGCUUGCCAAAAGGCUCUGUUCUUUCUCAGAUUCUUCAAGUGCAGAUGCUUGAUAUGAUGGACAUAGAUGGAAUUUAUCCUUUAUAUCUGAGAGUUCAACAGCACUUAGAAGAAUUUCCCAAAGACAGGAGUAGGCUACAUUUAGAUGGGCCUUACGAUGAAUCUUUUUAUAAAAGUCUAUCAGACUUUUCACAAGAUGAUGAAACAGUGGACUAUGCAGCCCGAAAGAUACAUCAAUACAGGGUUGCUACAACAGCCAAGGAUUGUUCCAUUAUGAUUGCACUUUCUCCUUGUCUUCUGGAGGAAAGACCUGAACCAAGUAGCAUAAUUAGGACCUCAAGGACAUCAUUUGCAUAUUCCAUCUCUAUUCUUGAUUUGGACCCCAAACCAUAUGAGAAUAUUGCACACCAGUAUAAAUUAGAUGGGAAAAUCAUAAACUAUUAUUUGCAGAAUACAAGGACCAAGAAAGAUGUUACCAGUCCUAACGUCUACAGAGGAUAUGAAGAGUGCACAUUAUUUUUUCAUUCUGUGUGAGUUUCAGUUGGACAUAAAUAUUCAUGUAAUAUUUAAUAAAAUGACUGCACUGACUUAGUGGCCAUAAUCUCCAGUAUGUGAAGUUUAGGAAAUAAACUUGAGAUUUUGAAUAUUGAAGACAGUAAGACUAGCUUUGGAUUUUGAACAUUAUCAAAAUUUAGACUGGUUAUCUGCAUUCAGUAAAGCAUGUACUUCCUCAAUAAUAGCACUAAGGACAGCUUUUCUUUUGGAGUAGUGUGGUACCUAUCUUUAGAAAGGAAACUGCAGAUUAUGUUUAAACACAGUCAUUUUGUCUGUUUCUGAGAUGUGUUUCAGCAAGUUAUGUCGGUAUAGAGUGUGAAGUGAAUGUUUUAAAGCCAGUUGAAAGAAAACGACUAUAGUUAAAGAACAUUGAAAACUGCAGGAGGAUUUUCCAUUAACAAUAAAGGAAGGGCGUUUUUCACUGCUGCUAUUAGUUUUCUUUGUGCUUUCAAGUGUAGUUCAAGGCUACAGCCAUAGUCAUAAACUUGAUUAAAACUUUUUCACUUUGGCUCAUCAUUCAAACUGCUGCUAGAUUUUGCAGUUUGUUUUUCUACAGCUUCAGUUUGUGCCAGAUUUGUCUUGCCAGUCACUGAAAUUUGCUGCAGUUGGUGCAGAUAAUUGUAACCGUUAAAUGUAGUUUUAAAUAUGACCUAACCACUUCAGAAAAGUGCCGCUGAAAUUAUAGUUAUAUAGGAGCAGAAUUAGGCCAUUUGGCCCUUCGAGUUUGCUUUCAUUGGAUAACCAUGGAUCUCUUGUAUUUAGGAAAAAUACCAAGUGGAAAGAGCACUUCCUAUGUUAAGAUGAUGUUUGAAUACAAAUCUUAAUAUUGCUCCAAAGUCCAUGGAUGCUGAUUAGCAGUUAUAGAGUUCAGGAACAGAAAUUGGCAAGGAUGCAUCAUCAUUAUUUAAAUAUAUCCCUAACUUCAGAGUUAGAAUGAAGCUUGUAGUUGGCAUGCUUUUUUUCUUCCUAAUGUGGUUCUCUCUUGGAUUUAUUUUCUUGUAAGCAGUAGGUAUGCUGUAUAAUAGGUAAUGUUUGCUAUGGAGCAGCAGUAGAAACUUCUUUUGUAAUUGUUAAAUGUGACUGGGACUAUCAGGGAGGGUGCUGUUCAGCCAAAAGAGCUGUUUCCAUGAUGUAUUUAUUCCUCUAUGACUUCAAUAUGUGGAUUCUGCAACUUCUUCACUCAAAUGUACUUUGUGAAAACUACAGGUGUUUGAUCACAUGCUUUUUCAUUUUAAGCAUUAAAACAUCAGUGCUCUUUAGCUGCUUUCUAAGGUGCACAAACAUUCUAAAGUUAAUAAGAUUAAAAAAAAUAGUCGUAAUUAAAACAAUUACUUCGUACCAUAGGACCAAAAUCAAAAUUGUAAUAUCUAGAUGUGCAUUAAAUUAGGCUCUACACAAUGUUAUCAGCUGUAAAGGAGAAGUGAAUAGUUAAAAGAUGGACUAUUGUUGAUAGAAUAAAUAUGUGAAAUAGCUGAAAAGGGAAAUCAAUUAUUGCUAACAGUUACCAUAUGUACAAUUUACUGAGCUACGUUUGUGACAGUAUAACAGUGGAAACAGAUGCCUCUUAGGACAGGAAAAAAACUGAGUUGCUAGGGAGUGAGAGGUGGUGGGCGAGUGAGGGUUUGGGGAAUAAGUAUUGCAGCAUUUUUGGAAAAGUGUGAUUAAAGGGGCAUGAAGAGAGUUCUUUUAUAUAUUUAAAAAAAGGAAUAGGAUUAGCAUAGAUCCAAGACAAAACAAUAGAACAGUCACAAACUGUUGUAAGUGAAAGUUAAAAGAGAAUGGAAUGGACAUAGCAGAUUUCAUAAGUGACAAUGAGAUGAAAAUGGGCCUUGAUAAAAUACUUUGCAGGAAUUUAUUUGAUUCAUUUUACCAGUUAAUUUCCUUUAAUGCCCUCUACCAACUUUUCUUGAAAUAUGUCAAUUGUCUCCUUGUGGAGCUAAAGCUGUGCAUCGAUUCAAAAUUUCUGAACUUGUGUGAGCUUUGUUGGUUUUUGAAAACAUAUAUACAGCAAGUAGAAUUUAAAUGUUGUUUCUAUGAUGUUUUUGGACUCUUUAUCUGGUUCAUUAUGCUUAAGAUUAUUCUUUUUCUCCUAACUCCUAGCUGAGUGAGUUGAACUGAUGCAUUACUGGACCCAUGUAAUAAUUUUAUAGUGAAGACUGUACAGUUGUCUACUGUAUGUCUGAAGAGAAGUUGAGCCAAUUCCACAUUUUUGAGAAGAUAGUUUUUCUUUCACAUCUUGGUCCUGUAUUCAUGUUGAUUUUCCAUUAUGUUGCCAUUAUUUUGUACCUUUCUUGAACGGUAAUAAGCAGUUGCUACCCAUCAGGAUUAAAAGAAGGUGAAAUUAUCUUUGAUUUUGUUUUCUACAAUUAUCCUGUUGAAUUUUAAAAAUGGCAGUCAAAGCAUUUUCCAUUACCUGAUAGCAGAAUCAGAAACCACUUUAAAAUAGUGUCCAAAAAAGUUAGGUGAGUUACUAUUCCAGUUCGGGGCGUUGGAGUUGGUAUCCU